AGAAAUAUUUUAAUUAUUAAAAAAAAAAGAAAUACUAAUUCAAAUGAUUGACCCAUACAUAUAAAAGUAGUUUACACUUCACUAUUCAACCUAACAAAACAGAAUUUCAAACCUUAAUCAAACAUUUUCAGUCAAAACAGAGGAACCUGCAUCGAACCUACGCUUCCACCCAAAACACGCAUCACCCUGACUAUUCAACACUCACCCUUUUCUUUCUUUCUCUCUCUCUCCUCCUUAGUCUUUUUGUGUGCUUUAAUAAUCACUCGAAUUCACACCGUUCUAACAACCCUUUUAUAGUUGCAAACAGAAUUUUCAUUGAACAAUUAUUAGUGUUUAGAUUAUAGAGAAAAUAAAAACAUGGGUAGUAUGAGAAAUAUGGACCCUCAAUCAAUAGCCGAGAGGGCGGUUCGAGUAAUUGGGUACGGGUAUGAUCUUACUGCGGAUCUCCGAUUAACUUCGUGUAAAGCUGGGCCUUCUGAUUCAAGAUUGAUUGAAAUUGAUCAUAGUUUGACUAGAGAUUUGAUUUUGCCUGGUGGAAUUGUUGUGCCUAAUGUUCCGUCUUCUAUUAAGUCUGAUAAGGGCGAGCGUACUCGAUUUCGGUCCGAUGUCCUGUCUUUUAAUCAGAUGUCAGAGCGCUUCAACCAAGACCAUUCAUUAUCUGGUAAAAUCCCCUCAGGCCAUUUCAAUGUAAUGUUCAGCUUCAAAGGCUGCUGGCAGAAGGAUGCAGGUGUAACAAAAACCCUUGCCUAUGACGGUUGUUUCAUCACUCUCUACACUAUUGAGCUGGGAAAGUCCCAUAUAACACUUUCGGAGGAUAUUAAACGUGAAGUACCUUUGUCCUGGGAUCCUGCUGCUCUUGCCGCGUUUAUUGAAAAAUAUGGUACUCAUAUCGUUGUUGGGGUAAAGAUGGGAGGUAAAGAUGUAAUACACAUCAAGCAGCAAAAAAGCUCAACCCUUGAACCAGCUGAGGUGCAGAAUGUACUCAAGAAGCUUGCUGAUGAAAGGUUUUCUGAAGAUUUACAGAGCCCUGGAGCACAUGGAAAGCCGAAGGACAAAAUCCGGACUAACUGGCAGCUCCAAGCAUCUUUGGCUCAAUCAUUUCGACCUUCUGUUACUUCUUAUUCAAAGAACGACGAUCUUCUGAGUAUUGCAGUUCGUAGGGGAGGUAUUGACAUCGGAAAUCACAAACAGUGGCUUUCAACUAUAGCCGAGUCACCAAAUGUCAUAUCCAUGUCAUUUGUGCCCAUAACCUCACUGUUAUCUGGAGUCCAGGGCUGUGGUUUUCUCAGUCAUGCUGUAAAUCUGUAUCUUAGAUAUAAGCCACCUAUUGAUGACCUUGCUGAAUUUCUUGAGUACCAGUUGCCUCGGCAGUGGGCUCCCGCAUAUGGUGAUCUUCCAUUAAGUCUUAGACGAAAGAAAGAUGCAUCUCCGUCAUUGCCUUAUGCAUUAAUGGGUCCUAAGCUUUAUGUCAAUGUUGUGCCAGUGGACACUGGAAAUAGACCUGUUACUGGAAUACGGCUUUUCCUGGAAGGUAAGAAGAGUGACCGUCUUGCAAUCCAUCUCCAGCAUCUUUCAGCUCUUCCAAAGAUCAUCCAACUUUCUGAUGAUCACAGCAGCCAACAUAGUGAUCAACAUCUAGAAAAAGACUACAUAGAACCUAUCAAGUGGAGCAUGUUUUCCCAUGUUUACACUGCCCCAGUUGAGCAUAAUCGUUUAUCUACUGAUGAUACUGCCCCAAUCGUAACAAGGGCAUGGUUUGAGGUCAAAACCGUUGGCAUGAAAAAGGUUCUAUUUUUGAGGCUUGGAUUUUCCAUGGUGGCCUCUGCAAAAUUUCGCAGAUCAGAAUGGGAUGAAUCAACUACCUUGUCUCGGAAAUCAGGGAUGUUCUCAAAGAUCAGUGGACGAUUUAGUGGAGGAUUAACCUCACAACCAGAACCCCAGAAGCCGGAUAUAAACUCAGGCCUCUAUCCUGGUGGCCCUCCUGCUCCUGGUUCGACACCAAAGCUGUCAAGUAUUGUUGAUUCCAAGGAAAUGGUAAGAGGCCCAGAAGACCAUCCUGGAUAUUGGGCGGUCACCGGAGCAAAGCUGUGUAUGCAAGGUGGGAAGAUCAGCAUGAAAGCUAAGUUUUCGUUGUUGACCAUGAUUACAGAUUCAGAGGAUUCAAUGUCUAUGUAAAUUAUGUCUUACAUUAGUCAGAGAUUUUUUUUUUUUUUGUAAGUAAAUACUGUAGAUUCAUAUACUGGUAGUUGUUUUCAUUAGGUUCCUGAAAUUUUUUUGUGGCCAACUGUCCUUCAGGAGCAGGUUGACUAAAAAAAAAAAAAAAAAAAACCUGUCCUCCUACAGUAUGUUGUGUGUUGGCCUAUUCUUUUUCCCUUUAUUUUUUUCAAUAUUUGUGUGUUUGUGGUGGGAGGGUACUGCCCAACACCUCUGUAUUAUAUCAGGUUAUCAAGGUGCAGACUACAUCAUGUUUUGUAAAUAAAUAUUUUCAUUCAAUGCGCCA